AUGGUAGUGCUGGUUUCUGUAGUAAUAGUUCCUGUGGUAAUGGUUCCUGUAGCGAUGAUUCUCUAGACGAUGGUUCUCUAGACAAUAGUUCUCUAGAUGAUAGUUCUCUAGGCGAUGGUUCUCUAGGUGAUGAUUCUUUAAAUAAUAGUUCUUUAGACAAUAGUUCUCUAGAAGAUGGUUCUUUAGAUGAUGAUUCUCUAGGCAAUAGUUCUUUAGAAGAUAGUUCUCUAGAUGAUAUUUCUGAGACAAUAGUUCCUAAG